AUGAUCAUGACUACUUCGAAGAUUUGCAAUGAAAACGGCACAGUGGAACAAAAUUCGCUAUUGGAGCGACAUGGCCUUGAGAAUGGAGUCAGCGACUCGGAUAGGGAUAAUAGAAAAUUUUUCCGUCUUCUUCAUAAAGCAACUAUAAUUCGAACAACGAUCAGUGAAAUGGUACGGGAUAUUAAUGGGGUGCCUAUUAAAACUGUCAAAGAUCGCCUCAGAAGAUGGAAAGAAUUUUUUGAGGGCAAACUUAACCACGGCCCACCAUUUAUUGUCCAGAAUAUAACUGAUUUGCCCGUUGAGCCUUACGUUUGCAAUUGUAAGCCACCAACAGAAGAGGAAAUAACCUCUGUAAUCCAUAAACUAAAGAUCAAUCAAACCUCCGGCGCGAGAUCUUCAAAUGUUGUCCAUUAUCAUUCAUAA